AUGUUCUCUUUAAAGGCGAGUCCCACUGGCUGAAUUCCUGGUAGUGCUAGUGGGUUUAACAACCAUCUUCCCUACAGUUGCUAGUGUGCAAUUAUCAUAAUUAUUAUUACAUGAAUUACUUCCCACGAGGCAUCGCAAAGCCAUUUACAUUCUAAUCUAAGCCAUUAAUAACAAUAUAAAAGAACAUCAGCACAUACAUACAUAAAAGCAAUUGAAAUUCAAGUCAGAUGCCUGCUAAAGCCUCCGUUUCUCUGGGACAGGCCAUUUGCCCUCCAGAUGUUGCUGUGAGCUGUGCUUUUUACUAGGGCUCACUGGUGUGUCAUGUUGUAUUCAAACAUGACUAGCGAGCUUAGGGCUAAUUAAUGCAUGAAGAGGUCAUGACCACAGAAUUGUAUUCCUAGACUCAGCUAGGUCAUGCCCCUCACCUGGAAUGAAGAAAAUUAUGUUUCCUCCUUUGUUCAUUCUCUUUCAUUAUGUGAACUCACUGAGUGCCUGAAUUAGAUUGCUACAAGCUCAGGCUGUGUGCUUUUCCACUAUAUUUUGUAUCCCAAGCUUUCUAUCUGUGUUCUUCUGGCUGCUGCAUGGGAUCACACAUGAAUCUGACCUUUGGCAUUUGUAAGUAAAGCAUUUAAACUUACUAAUGGUGUGGUAUGCUCGUACAGGAAGCAUUGUAAGCCGACUAGAAUGGGGUAGUUAAAGGGUCUAACAGCCUAUAUUCCUCACACUUCACUGUGUUGCAUGAUUUUGUGUCUUUGAACUCUGCUAGGGGUUCUCUCUUGCUGGAGAGUUUGUUUACCCCAUGCUAGGGAGCCAGCCAAUUCUUUUAUUAACUACAGAUACAGAUCUAGAUUUACUAUUUCCCCCAGCAACUGAUUAGGCUGUCAACGACCUGGUUAAUUUUAAGGCAAGAUCCGUAGGCCGGUAUCCUAAGGGCUUUCAAAAUCUCAACCUAACAUUAACUAAAAAGUUCACUUACGCUUGUGUGUUGAUCAAAAGUGACAAUUUAUUUACUUGGAUCUUCUUCAGAGUUGGUCAUAGAUUAGUCAGUUUAUCAGGCUUGAAAAGAUUGAAUUGCAUUAGUGGGAUCAGACUUUGGGAGGGGACCCACAGCUUACUGACCCAAAUUGCCUUUGUCAGCUGUUUUAGAUUACUUGCCAUUAGUCAGAGCCAAGGAUGGUGUCACCUCGUUUAUCCAUGAAUCAACUAUUUAAUGGGUACUUCAGCUGCUAAUGCAAAUACAUUUCUUUUAAAACUCAGAAUGUACUAGCACCAGUUUUCCUGGUGAGGAUAGAAAGAGGAAAUUAAUCAUUUCUUAGCUGCAAGUGCAUUAGCACUGUGUUUAUUUUACAGCUUUUGGAUCGCUGCUGAGUUGUCAGAGCAGCAGGUCAGAUUAAUUUUCAACUACAGACACCAAGAAGUCACCUGUUCUCCCAGGUAAGUGUUGGCUUGGUUCCUUGUUCGAUGGAACAGACUCUCAAACAAAAGUAUGUUAGUAAGGCUUUGUUGUUGUUGUUUAGUCAUUUAGUCGUGUCCGCCUCUUCAUGACCCCAUGGACCAGAGCAUGCCAGGCACUCCUGUCUUCCACUGCCUCCCGCAGUUUGGUCAAACUUUUGUUGGUAGCUUCGAGAACACUGUCCAACCAUCUCGUCCUCUGUCGUCCCCUUCUCCUUGUGCCCUCCAUCUUUCCCAACAUCAGGGUCUCUUCCAGGGAGUCUUCUCUUCUCAUGAGGUGGCCAAAGUACUGGAGCCUCAGCUUCACGAUCUGUCCUUCCAGUGAGCACUCAGGGCUGAUUUCCUUAAGAAUGGAGAGGUUUGAUCUUCUUGCAGACCACAGGACUCUCAAGAGUCUCCUCCAGCACCAUAUUUCAAAAGUAUCAAUUCUUCGGUGAUCAGCCUUCUUUAUGGUCUAGCUCUCACUUCCAUACAUCACUACUGGGAAAACCAUAGCUUUAACUAUACGGACCUUUGUUGGCAAGGUGAUGUCUCUGCUUUUUAAGAUGCUGUCUAGGUUUGUCAUUGCUAUCCCCACAAGAAGCAGGCAUCUUGUAAUUUCGUGACUGCUGUUAGUAAGGCUACAAUCCUCUAAAUAAUUACUUGGGAGGAAAUCUCAUUAAACCCUGAGUAAACUUGGAUAGGAGCUAUGCUUUAGUCCAGGGGUCCGCAAUUUUUUGUAGCCACGGGCCACCGGUCCACUGUCCCUCAGAUCUUGUGGUGGGCAAGAGAAGCGGCACCAGGAGGAGGGGAGCUGGAAGAAGACGCGAGGGGGGCAAAUAGUCCUCCUUCCCAGCCCCCAGCCCCAGCCGCUGUGCUUACCUUCCCAGGGGCUGCCGCCGCCGCUGCCACUGCUUCUCCUGGGUAGGCAGAGGGAGCUCAUCCGCUCUGCUCUCUGGCCCACAGGAGCACCAGGGCAGCGGUGAUGGGAAGAUGAGCGGCUCGAAAGGGCUGGCUGCGGAGAGGGGCUGCUUAAAAUGGCUCUCAGCCAGCUCAGCCCAGCCCCCUUCCUCCUCUAGGCAGGGCGGGGAGAAGCCGGGAGGAGGGAGGAGACGCCGCUGCAGUGUGUGUGUGGGGAAAUGGAAUGGCGCCAGAAAAAAAUGGCGCAGCCCAAACGAACAGAAUUCCCACGCCGAUCCAUGGACAGUCCGCGGGCCGGAUUCUGAAGGCAAUUGGGCCUGAUCCGGCCCCUGGGCCUUAGUUUGCCGACCCAUGCUUUAGUCACUCCCAACUGAAAUGUAGCCUCCCACUGCUAUUCUAUAUCUGUCAACCUGUAAAUAAGCCCAAGAUAAAUGGAGCUGGACAUGAGUGGCGCUGUGAUCUAAACCACUUAGCCUCGGGCUUGCCGAUCAGAAGGUGGGUGGUUCGAAUCCCCGUGAUGGGGUGAGCUCCUGUUGCUCGGUCCCUGCUCCUGCCAACCUAGCAGUUUGAAAGCACGUCAAAGUGCUAGUAGAUAAAUAGGUACCGCUCCGGCGGGAAGGUAAACGGCAUUUCCAUGCGCUGCUCUGGAUCGCCAGAAGUGGCUUAGUCAUGCCGGCCACAUGACCCGGAAGCUGUACGCCGGCUCCCUCGGCCAGUAAAGCGAGAUGAGCGCCGCAACCCCAGAGUCAACCACGACUGGACCUAAUGGUCAGGGGUCCCUUUACCUAAAUGGAGCUAGGAUUGCAGCUUAAGUAUGUCACUGCGCUUGCACCAUUCCUUCUCCCUCUUCUUUGUUGUUUCCUCCACUUUUAGCAGAUUUAAGUUCUUCCAAGGCAUGGACUUGGUUUUUGUGUGCGUAUGUUGUACUGUAAAAUACUUUGUGUACUUAUUGUAUAAGGAUAAUGAUGAUAACAGAGUUCUGUUUGGUAAAAUAUACUGUAACUUGGGUUAGGAUUUUGAAUGUAUUAUUCCUCGGAUUAAUUCGUCACUUUUUCAUUGCCCUUGCUGUUUUGUUCAAAAAUGGCAGCUCAGGAGUUAUGCCAGUUGCAAACGGAGAGGCAGGGCUUAAGCGCAGCGGUAGAACAUCUGUUCUGUAUGCAGAAUAUCUCUCAUUCAAUCUCUUGGUAUCUCAAGGUAGGUCUGACCUUCCUGUGUUCCUAUGAAUUGAAGGCGCAUUAUUUGAAGUUACAAGGUCAUAUAGCUAAAAAAGGGCACUGCUUUUCCUUGGAAGGCUGUUUCCCCAUCUGUAUUCUCUCUCUCUCUCUCAUUUUACUUCAGGAUAUUGUGAGGAAAAUAACCUAACAACUGACGCCUCCAAAGUAAUUUGCUUUUCAAUAGACCUCACUACCCAGCUGUCCUGGGUCUAUCAUUUGCAUGGAAAUAUACUUUUUCAUUUCCACCUGCUAUUUACUUGCUAUUGUACUUUCGUAUUUUUUUAAAGACCUAUUCAAUGUGGUUCAGGAAUACAAUGUAUUUUUGGCAUCCAAGACCCCCUUUUUUUGCAUCGGAGGGUCACAGAUGCCAUGGCAAAACCCUUGAGUCUAAAAGUCAAAGGAUGUGUACACACUAUACCUUUGAGCAUUACGGUGGUACCUCGGGUUACAUACGCUUCAGGUUACAAACUCCGCUAACCCAGAAAAAGUACUUCAGGUUAAGAACCUUGCUUCAGGAUGAGAACAGAAAUCGCAGCGCGGCAGCGGGAGGCCCCAUUAGCUAAAGUGGUGCUUCAGGUUAAGAACAGUUUCAGGUUAAGAACAGACCUCCAGAAAGAAUUAAGUACGUAACCAGAGGGACCACUGUAUUCACAGCUUAUUCCUUCCCUCAAAUGAUUAUGGGCACUGUACUUUGCGAGAGGUAAACUUUAAAGGUAUAGCAUGUACACAUGACAUUUUAUUCUGGAAUCAAUGGAAACUGUGUGAUUAUUUUAUUCUACACAGUGGUGUAGUGGUUAAGAGCGGUAGACUCGUAAUCUGGGGAACCGGGUUUGAUUCCCCGCUCCUCCACAUGCAGCUGCUGGGUGACCUUGGGCUAGUCACACUUCUCUGAAGUCUCUCAGCCCCACUCACCUCACAGAGUGCUUGUUGUGGCGGAGGAAGGGAAAGGAGAAUGUUAGCCGCUUUGAGACUCCUUCGGGUAGUGAUAAAGCGGGGUAUCAAAUCCAAACUCCUCUUCUUCUUCUCUUGCAUCAUUUUUGCCCCAGAAAAGCACUUACUGACUUGAGAAUCUGACUUCAUUCUGAUCGUAAAAGUUCGUUGCAGAUUGAUUCUGCAUUACUCUGCAGUCUGUCCAUUGGAAAAUGCUUAUAGGCGGUCCCAGCAACGGAUGGGGUGUAGCCACACCUGCCAAUAACCUCGUAGGUAGGCGCACACCAAGCUCGCAAAUCACAACCACGACUUCUUUCUUCAUGUUACCUGGGGCGUGUGCAGGGGCGAAAUGGUGCAAAUAUCAAGUAACCACACAAGUCCUUGUGGACAGCAAGACCUAGACUGAAAGCAGCAUGCUGAGGACGGGUAUGAAUGGUUCCAGAUUGAGAAUAAACGACAUUUUUGUGCUACAAAUGAGUCAGGGAGAGAUCAGGUAGGAUUACUGUUGUUGUUCUUUAGGGUGGAUGCUGUUUGCUGAGCCAUUCUGUUGUAAGAACAUGCUACACCGGAAGUAGACCUGAGCAUGGGGAAAAUACUGAUCUCAGCUAGUUCUGCGGGAUGCUUUCAUGGAGCGAAAUGCCAGAUAAGAGCUUUGACUACUGGGUGCUAUAAUCUCCUUUGUUUCCAAUGUUCAGUCUGUGAGCUUUGCUCCACAUAUAAGCAAAAUGGCACCACCCAUGAAGGAGAGGGAAGUAUCAGGUAGGCUUGGGGAGACUUGGAAGUCUGCAAAAAUCUCUUUUUUUUGCGGUGGGGGGUGGGGGCAAAACAGCAAAGGACUGAGCAUGCUCAUUGGCCAGGGAAUCCCAACCAAGCGUUGACUGAAGGGGAGAAAAUGGGGCAAUGGAAAAGGAGUGGCUGGAAUCCAGAAUGAGAAGCCCUCCAUGUUGCAGCAUUUUGUCUUGGGACUCCUGCAGAUCUUUGCAUUGCGGUUGCUGCCCUGGCAUUUUGUGCGAGGAGGCAAGGCAGAACUGGACAGCUUCUGCUUUGCUUUGCCUCAGAGGAUUCCUGCAGGCGAUAAUCUUCUAGCAAAUGUGCAGUUUUAUUUACCAUAUUUUUCGCACCAUAAGACGCACCUAGUUCUUAGAGGGGGAAUGCAAGAAAAAAUAAAAUAAAGGGAACGCUGAGCAAAGCCUGUAUGCAUCCCAAGCUCUGCUCAGCGCUCCCUUUCACGAGCCUCGUGGAGCAUGUAUGCGGCUCUUGGGGGCUUUUCCCCAAGAAGGGAGAAGGGCAGCCUGUCACUGAUGGGCUGCCCUUCUCCCUCCUUGGGGAAAAGCCCCCAAGAGCUGCACACACGCUCCACACGGCUCUUUAAAGGGAGCGCGGAUCUUGGGGGCUUUUCCAGGAGGUGGGGGAAGGGACAGAGGGGCUAAGCCAGAAGCUAGAACAGCAAGAGGGAGUGCUGCGCAGCGAUCCCUCUCGCUGUUCUGGCUUCUGGGAUAGCUGUGCGAAGCCUCCUCAGGGCAGCAGGAUGAAGGCUCCCCAUGUCCUUAAGAGGCUUCGCAUGACGAAGCUAAAACAGCAAGAGCAAGCGCUGCACAGCGAUCCCUCUUGCUGUUCUGGCUUCUGGGAUAGCCACGCAGCCUGCAUUCGCUCCAUAAGACGCACACACAUUUCCCCUUACUUUUUAGGAGGGAAGAAGUGCGUCUUACAGAGCGAAAAAUACGGUACAUAUCAAUGAGCAUCCUGCCAUUCUUCCAUGAAACUCUAGGUGUUUGUGGACAGGGUUCCUCAGAUCUGACCAGAUCUGCUUAGUGUUACCAAGAUUGCUUCGUCCUGUGGCUUCGGGCAACAAAGAGUCUAAUUGUUCUUUCCUCAAACUAUUCAUUUAUUUGUUCCAGAAUAUUUUUAGCCUGCCCUGCAUUCAAAAUCUCAGAGUGGGUUACAGUAUGUAAAACAACAACAAUACUCCCAACAAAAUAAAUAAGAGCAGGUGAAAAUUAUGAUUUUAAAAUUACAGCACAAAACCGAGGAGUUUGACUUGCAUCCCAGAAGAACGCAGGGCAAAAUCAUAGGUCUUAUCUUAGCCUGGUACUGAAAUAUCACAGGGGCGAGUGCCUGGUGUAUUUCCAAGGAGAGGAUGUUCUGGGGGGCACAUUUCAAAUUGUGAGUGAGCGCUGAGGGUACCAGCCACAAAAUUACUGCCCAGGGGUGGGGGUGACAUGACAUAACACAGGAAGAAUAUAGUCAUUGCUGAAUUUCCACCUUCUGCCCCUGGACAACCUCACACUUGCCAAGAGACCCAGGUGGAAUCUUCACACAUAUUUAAAAAAGCUGUGAAAAUGCUUUAAAAAAAAAAAGUUUUGAAAAAUACAUAGCUCACUGUCGCCAUCUAGUGUCAGAUUUGUAUAUUGCACUUUACAACACACCUAAAACAUUUUAUUUGCAGCUGUAUAGCCAUUCCCCAGUGUGGUAUAGUGGUUAGAGUGCUAGGCUAGGACCUGGGAGACAAGGGUUCAAAUCUUCACUCAGCCACAAACCUUGCUGGAUGACCAAUGGACCAGUCAUUGCCACUCAGCUUAACUUACCUGACAGGGAUGUUGUGAAGAGAGGAAGACCCAUGUAGGCCACCUUGAGCUCCUUGGAGCAAAAGGUGAGAUAGAAAUACAAUGACUAAAUAAAUAAAUAGGAAGGCAGCUGGUCCCGAUUGCAAAGAUAAAUCUGUUAAAGGCACAAGAGUCUUGUUUUCCCCAGUGCCACUCCUAAACCAAAGUGCCUGCUUACCUGGGAGUGAGCCCCAUUAAGCACAAAGAGACUUACUUCUGAAAUAGAUGAGUAUAAGUAUACAGCACAGCUGUCAACAUUUCCCUUAUCUUGCAAGGAAUCCUAUUCAGAAUACGGGAAUUUCCCUUUAAAAAUGGGAAAUGUUGACAGCUAUGCUAUACAGUGAGUACUUGAUGAGUGCUUGGGCAUCAGCUCCUGCACAACACGGGACAUAACUAAGACUUUUUGCAAAUGUUCCCCUUUCCCCAUCUGGAGAGGGGUUUCUUAAACAUCAACCUGCAACUACUGUACGGUAGUAGUAUUUGCAGAAAAUACAGUGGUACCUCGGGUUAAGUACUUAAUUCGUUCCGGAGGUCCGUUCUUAACCUGAAACUGUUCUUAACCUGAAGCACCACUUUAGCUAAUGGGGCCUCCUGCUGCCGCCGCACCGCCGGAGCACGAUUUCUGUUCUCAUCCUGAAGCAAAGUUCUUAAGCUGAAGCACUAUUUCUGGGUUAGCAGAGUCUGUAACCUGAAGCAUAUGUAACCUGAAGUGUAUGUAACCUGAGGUACCACUGUAACUUCUAGGGAGUAUCUAGUCACAGAUGAAUCUACCAUAGGAGAGAUGGAGCCCAGUUGCUAGGAAGAAACAGAAGGGCAAACUAUGGAGUCUAGCAGGAAAAGUGCACUUAAGGUCAGGGGGUAAGAGAAGAGUUUUGGGACCCCUGGGAUCCCUAUUGCAUGCUGUCCAAACAACUCACUUGUCAAUCAUAACUCUGAUUUCACUCAUUGGCUAAACACCCCAUCAGGUGUGAACAGCCAGGGCGGGCUCAUUUCUCUUAGAUUGCUUCGAAGGGUGCCUGCACAGUUUGCUUUGUAACUUUCUUCCUAGGCGGCCAAGAGCCUUACAUUUUAUUUUAAAUGAAAGUUUAGACCCCGGGACACCUGCAAAGGCCUUCACAGGUGCCAUGACACCCACAGUGCCAGGUCGGCAACCCCCGAAUUAGACAGCAAGCUGUCCAAAUGCAGCCUGGCUCUGUGCGCAGGUUUAGGAACAGCUGCGAUGCUAUAAUAAUUUACACCAUCUGAACAAGUCUCUUGGGAGCUAUUUUGGCCUGCCCAUAAUUGAUGGUGUUCUAUAGCAUUCCAACACCCACCCUAACCCCACCCACAUGCCUCCUAUGCCACAGUAGAAAGAAGAGUUUCCUCCAGAAAGACCAAUCUUGGUGGACUAGAAACAGCUGUUCCUUUGCUGUUCAAGCAGCUGCUUCAGGACCUGCUGAAGACCUAUAAAAAUUUGCCCUGCCGUGACCUCAGCGCUGCAAGCAGGUAUGUUUGCACUACUUUGCUGUUGCUGCAUGCCUUAGCUGCAACCCAGGAGAGAGCAUCUGGGCUGCCUUUUAGAACUGAGUUUUUCUGUGCAUAGUCCCUUCAAACACAGGGCAAGACAAAUGAGUGUGAGCUUGCCAUAUGGAAGUCAGUAAUGACACCAACGGAACCAGUACUGGGUAGUCCGGAAAGUAUUCCUGUGGUUCUCUAACUGGGAUCUUACCAGCUAUGACGGGGUGCCUCUGUGGGUCCUUAAUGGCUAGUGAGAGUUAGGAGAGUGCCUAAGCCAGGCGCUAUUUCCUCCAGGAGCAAAACCUCAGGCAUGUCCGAAGUCUGUUUUGGGGGCCUAAUCCCUCAAAUUCCUGGGAUUGCUAAAUUGUAAAAAAAGCUGAACAACUUUGGGGUAAAAUCCUAAAAUCCUCAACAACUUUGGCCGGCCCUCACGCAUGUUCACUUUGUCUUUGAAAAACAUUUGGGCACCCCUGCUUUAUAUAGUUCAUUGAAAGAUGCUACUUGAUAACAGGACUGAAAGCCUAAUGGGUUUCCUCAAGUCUAUUUCAGUGCCUUUAAGCAGGCAGUGGGACGCGGUGGCGCUGUGGGUUAAACCACAGAGCCUAGGACUUGCCGAUCAGAAGGUCAGCGGUUCGUAUCCCCGCAACGGGGUGAGCUCCCAUUGCUCGGUUCCAGCUCCUGCCCACCUAGCAGUUCGGAAGCACAUCAAAGUGCAAGUAGAUAAAUAGGUGGGAAGGUAAACGGCAUUUCCGUGGGCUGCUCUGGUUCGCCAGAAGCGGCUUAGUCAUGCUGGCCACAUGACCCGGAAGCUGUAUGCCGGCUCCCUUGGCCAAUAAAGCGAGAUGAGCGCCGCAACCCCAGAGUCAGCCACGCCCGGAUCUAAUGGUCAGGGGUCCCUUUACGUUUAAGCAGGCAGUAGUCAAAGUAUAAUUUCAAAUCAGACCUAAAGAUGUCUUUCUAUAGCCUGGUUUGCUUUCAGGCUAUCUGUUCAUAGAACAUUUAUCCCGAUUAAUUUUUUCAGCGACAUAGGAGCCAACUCCAGGGGGCCGUGGAAGCUUGGGCACCCAGAAUAAUAUAAUUGUGGGGACGGGGGCACCCACAAAGUCAAUGAGCGCAGCCGGCAGGCAGAGGCAGCCAGCCAGCCAGCCUCUGUGAUGCUGCCUUCGAGAAAGUUCAGCUCUGUCCUCCGCAGCCAGCCAGCGAGGCACCCUUUUCGGGGGGGGGGGCGGCCUCAGACGUGGAGGCAGAAUCUCUCUGCCUCCAAGUCCGAGCCCCUCCCUGCGGAAAAGGGUGCCUCCCUGGCUGCAGAGUUGGAGAAGAAGAGGAGCUACCACAGCAAUGCAGACAUUUGACAUCACACGCGCACACCUGCACAUCGAGUAUGUGACACCACACUCACUACGUGCAACCGUGUGCAUGUGAUGUUGCACAUCUGUAUUAUGGUGAUAGGCACCCACAAUCCUGAGGGGAGAGAUGGCGCCCCUGUUCUGGGAGAUUCAACAACUUUACAGUGGUACCUCUGGUUACAUACGCUUCAGGUUACAGACUCCGCUAACCCAGAAAUAGUGCUUCAGGUUAAGAACUUUGCUUCAGGAUGAGAACAGAAAUCGGGCUCCGGUGGCGCAGCAGCAGCGGGAGGCCCCAUUAGCUAAAGUGGUGCUUCAGGUUAAGAACAGACCUCCGGAACGAAUUAAGUACUUAACCCGAGGUACCACUGUAUUUAUUUGUAUUUGUAUUUACCCAAGGUAUUUGUAUUUAUUUAUUUAAUUACUUGUGAGGAGGUGCAUCAAGCAAAUGCUAUCUCACACUUGGCCAUUCUUUAUGGCAAAAGGUCUGUAUUAUUUGGGGACGGAGGAGCAGGUUUGUUGCCCAAAAGUUAUAAGUCUACUUUAGUUGUGCAACCUGAAAUUGCUGGCCUGUGAUUGCAUCACACCCGAAAACAGUGACCUUCUGGAAAUGCUCCUCUUCUGUUUAUGUGAAGCGAUGUGUGGGCAGCUUCCUGAUACAUUUGGUGAAACACAACCUUGGCUAUGAAAGCUAUCGGAACGGAAGUAUUUCGUUAGGAGAGCGCAGAUCCGUCUUCCGUUUCAAGGCUGCCCUCUGGUUUCAGGAAAAACCAUCAAGGAGCGUUCCUUUCAUUCGGAAGAACUGCAUAUGGAGGUGAGCAAGUUGUGGAGGAUAUUCUUCAUCAUUUGCGAAGAGAUGAAUGUUUUGGAAGAUCCAGAGGCCAACAACAUCUGGAGAGCCCUGACUACAGUCAAGUAUGCCAAGGCAGGUGCUCCUGGUCAGGAAGGAGCCGGGCUCUGAGUUAGCAACUCCCCUUGAAGAACUGGAUUCUUCUGCUCCUGGACUCGGUUUUGCACUUGGAUGACCAGGUGGCAGCUGUGGCCAGGAGCCCGAUGGAGAUACUAAAUGCAACUGCAAGGAUGUGUUGGUGGCUACCUCCCUGUUUGCUUCUGGGCAAAUGGAUGAUCUCUUUGAAAACUGUUAUGUACUGAGUUGAAUAGGAUUCAGAAUGCAGCAGUCUGAUUGGUCCUAGAACAAUGCAGCAGUAUGAUUGGUCUGCAGGAGCCACCCAAUCCAGCUCCAGAUGGAAGUGAAUCCACAACCUGAUUGGCCUACAGGAGAAUUCCAGAAUUAGCCAAUCACGUGCAGCCCAUUGUGUAAAUAAUGUAUAUAAAGCAGAUACUUUGGGGAAACUUUCAUUCCUCCUCACCACUAUGAGCUGAAUAAAGAGCAUGAAAUCCACUCUCGACUCUGAGUAUAUUUCACUUCUAUAAAGUGUUGAUGACUACCUUUCAGACUCUAAAUGGCUCAAGUCCAGGAUAGAUUGGUGAAUGCCUCCUCCGAUGCUAUGCUGUCCAUUCCCUAAGAUCACAAUGAGAAGUCCUUCUCUGUGUCCCAUCAAGGGUUGAAGCAUUCUUGGGUUGGAAGACAGAGGUUGCCCCAGAUUAUGGGACACUUUACACUGUGAAGUUGGGUUGGCUCUCUUUCUCCUUGAUUAUUAUUUUUUGCGCGUGAAGCCUGGUUUGUUUUUGCAACUGGGCAACUAUAUUUUUAUUUUUGGCUUUAAUCGCCGAUCCCCUUUCUUCGGUUGGUAAACGACAAUGGUUUUUAAUGUUUGAGGGGGUUUUUGUGUUUUAGUAUUUUGUUGGAAGCUGUCCGGAGUGGCUGGGGAAAUCCAGUCAGAUGGGCAUCAUAUAAAUAAUAAAAUUAUUAUUAUUGUGCAAAAAAAGAGUGAUCAUGUUGGGCUAAAGCAGUUACAGUGGUACAGAGGUCUGUUCUUAACCUGAAACUGUUCUUAACCUGAAGCACCACUUUAGCUAAUGGGGCCUCCCGCUGCCGCCACGCCGCCACCACGUGAUUUCUGUUCUCAUCCUGAAGCAAAGUACCAGAGGUACUAUUUCUGGGUUAGCGGAGUCUGUAACCUGAAGCGUAUGUAACCUUGAAGCGUAUGUAACCUGAGGUACCACUGUACUUUGGGAGCAGGGCUGGGCAUAAUAGCCCUCACAAAUGGAAGAUGAUCUAGGGCAUGGGUAGGCAAACUAAGGCCCGGAGGCCAGAUCUGGCCCAAUCGCCUUCUAAAUCUGGCCCGCGGACGGUCUUGGAAUCAGCAUGUUUUGACAUGAGUAGAAUGUGUGCUUUUAUUUCAAAUGCAUCUCUGGGUUAUUUGUGGGGCAUAGAAAUUUGUUCAAUCCCCCCCCCCCCGAAAUAUAGUCUGGCCCCCCACAAGGUCUGAGGGACAGUGGACUGGCCCCCUGCUGAAAAAGUUUGCUGACCCCUGAUCUAGGGGCAUACAUGUCGGAUUGCAAAUACAGUGGUACCUCGGGUUACAUACGCUUCAGGUUACAUGCGCUUCAGGUUACAGACUCCACUAACCCAGAAAUAGUGCUUCAGGUUAAGAACUUUCCUUCAGGAUGAGAACAGAAAUCGUGCUCCGGCAGCGCGGUGGCAGCAGGAGGCCCCAUUAGCUAAAGUGGUGCUUCAGGUUAAGAACAGUUUCAGGUUAAGAACGGACCUCCGGAACAAAUUAAGUACCGUAUUUUUUGCUCUAUAAGACUCACUUUUUCCCUCCUAAAAAGUAAGGGGAAAUGUGUGUGCGUCUUAUGGAGCGAAUGCAGGCUACACAGCUAUCACAGAAGCCAGAACAGCAAGAGGGAUUGCUGCUUUCACUGCGCAGCGAUCCCUCUUGCUGUUCUGGCUUAUGAGAUUCAGAAUAUUUUUUUCUUGUUUUCCUCCUCCAAAAACUAGGUGCGUCUUGUGGCCUGGUGCAUCUUAUAGAGCGAAUAAUACGGUACUUAACCCGAGGUACCACUGUAGAGGCUCAUACGAUGAAACGUUAUUCCACUGCAUGUAGAAAAGUGGCAUAUUAACAGAAAGCUGCGCUUGAUCCUUUCUCCCUGGCUUUCGGUGUUCAGACAGUUGCUCACAUCUGCAACGUGAAGGGACACAUCUGUUGACAGAAGCAAGCCUUAGUGCUUAUUACCUUUGGACAGCAAAAGGGGGCACAGCCACUGAACCUUGCUGAAUGUCAUGUUUUGUUAGGCUUCUAUAUUGCUGGACGGGGGGUGGGAGGGGACAAACUUCUCCGGUUCCUUCCCAUACCUCUUGGGAGACCUCUACCUCCCAGCCCUAAUUAUGUAAAAGGAUGCAAUGUCGAAUAGCCUGCCUGCCUCGCGGUUUCCUCUUCCACACCAGCGCUGACCCACAUUCAUCCUUUGGGCUGGGAUGUGCUUGCACAGCUUUGCAAAUUGCUAAGCAAGUGUUUCCAUCCAUCUUCCCUGCCGCUGCAGAUUAACACGGCGGUUAUUUCCCUUCUGUCUCCAGUAUCAUCUGAAAGAAGAAAGUGGUAGGAAAGAGCUCCUGCUGAGCCGAAUCCAAAAUUUCCAUUUCCUUUUGGACUCGGGGGUGACCUCCAGGUGUAAGGUAGGGCUUUGGCUCAACACAAUUAAACUGCUCUAAGUGUGCUCUCUCGUCCCCCUUCUUCCUGCUCCUUUUCACCCUAUUGCUUUGUCUUCUGUUCUCAUGCUCAUACAUUUUUCUCUUUUGGGCAAGAGAGCUUUGUAAGGUCCAGUCAACACAUGCUAUAAUAGUUUUAAUAAUAAUAAAAUUUUAUUUAUACCCCGCCCUUCCCGGCUCAGAAGGGACGUGGGUGGCGCUGUGGGUUAAACCACAGAGCCUAGAACUUGCUGAUCAGAAGGUCGGUAGUUCGAAUCCCCACGACAGGGUGAGCUCCCGUUGCUCGGUCCCAGCUCCUGCCAACCUAGCAGUUCGAAAGCACGUCAAAGUGCAAGUAGAUAAAUUGGUACCGCUCCGGCGGGAAGGUAAACGGCGUUUCCGUGCGCUGCUCUGGUUUGCCAGAAGCUGCUUAGUCAUGCUGGCCACAUGACCCGGGAGCUGUAUGCCGGCUCACUCGGCCAAUAAAGCGAGAUGAGCGCCGCAACCCCAGAGUCGGCCACGACUGGACCUAAUGGUCAGGGGUCCCUUUGCCUUUUACCUUCCUGGCUCAGGGCGGCUAACAGCAAAUAUAAAAGAUUGAUUAAAAUGUGACUUAAAAACCGCAUAAAACAGCAUAAAAUACAAUAUAAAAUUCAGCAUCAAUAGCAAUAAAAUUCAAAAAUUCAGGGGUCAUUUGGGGCAGGGGGAAGGAAAAAACCCACCCCAGUCAGCAGACAAGUUGGUCCUACUAGGGCCAACAAGGAGACCAGGGAAGAAUUUAAAUGUGGUGUCCCAGAAAGGGUUUCUUCAUAGAAGAGGAACGGGAAAAGGGAAUAGAGGAUCAGGCUAAUUCAGAUUAAAGGCCAGGCAGAAUAGCUCUGUUUUACAGGCCCUGCGGAAGGAGAUCAAGUCCUGCAGGGCCCUAGUCUCGUGGGACAGAACAUUCCACCAGGUCGGAGCCAUCACUGAAAAGGCCCUGGCCCUGGUGGAGGAUAGUCUGGCUUCCUUAGGGCCCGGGACCUUUAAGCUAUUAUUAUUCAUGGACCUUAGGGUCCUCUGCGGGGCAUACCAGGAGAGGCGGUCCCGUAAGUACGAGGGUCCUAGACCGCAUAUGCUAGAGAAUGAGGUGACAUUCUGAGGGCCACAAGUGGGGAUGCCUUUUGUCAAUGCACAACCCAAUAUUCUCUGCAGAUCAGAGAUUUUCAUGAACCAUGUCGUUUUAGACUGUACCCAGAGGUUCACCUGUUUAAAGGCUUCCCUACAUUAAAAGUUCCCUGCAGGUAGAAUGCUAGCACAUGUGGCACAGAGCUGAUGUGCUAGUUUUCUCUUGCAAAGAGAUUUCUUCUUCUUUGUUUUCAUUGGACAAAAGGGGAAAUUCACCUGUAGACUGAAGUGGUGCAGUCCAUUCUGCCACAUCCUCCUCAACCAAAAAUAGUAAAAUAAAUAAAUAAAUCCUAGGUUGCUCCUAUAAGAAAAUAUCAAGGGCGCCAGAUGUCUCCACCUUUAUACAGUGGUCCCUUGGUUCUCAAACGCCUUGGGACUCAAACAACAUGGAACCCAAACACCGCAAACCGGGAAGUAAGUGUUCCAGUUUGCAAACUUUUUCCAGAAGCUGAACGUGCUCCGGUUUGAGUGUUAUGCUUCCAAUUGGAGUGCCACACUUCCGGUUUGAGUGUUACGCUGAGGUCUGUCUGUCUUUGCUAUUUACUGUAUUUUUUGCUCUAUAAGACUCACUUUUUCCCUCCUGAAAAGUAAGGGGAAAUGUGUGUGCGUCUUAUGGAGCGAAUGCAGGCUGUGCAGCUAUCCCAGAAGCCAGAACAGCCAGAGGGAUUGAUUGCUGCUUUCGCUGCGCAGCGAUCCCUCUUGCUGUUCUGGCUUCUGAGAUUCAGAAUAUUUUUUUUCUUGUUUUCCUCCUCCAAAAACUAGGUGCGUCUUGUGGUCUGGUGCAUCUUAUAGAGCGAAAAAUACGGUGUUAUGCGUUUUUGUUUUUGCGGCUGUUUUUGUUUUGUUUUUGUGACUGUGUGGAACCCAGUUCAGCUACUGAUUGAUUGAUUGUGUGACUGCAGUUCAUUGUUUAUUGCUUUCAUUUUAUGGAUCGAUGUUCUCGUUAGAUAGUAAAAUUCAUGUUAAAUUGCUGUUUUAGGGGUUGUUUUUAAAAGUCUGGAACCGAUUUAUCCAUUUUACAUUACUUUCUAUGGUAAGGUGCGCCUUGGUUUUGGAAUGCUUUGGUUUUGGAACGGACUUCCAGAACGUAUUAAGUUUGAGAACCAAGGUACCACUGUAUCUGAAGCUACUUCAGAUGGUUUACUGAGCAUUCAUCCUGAUUUGUCAGCAGGGAAAGGAGAUAAUGUUGGACGUUUAAUAAGCAGUCGUUCUGAAAAAGUUGAGGGAGGUUAGAUGACGCUGCAUCAGAGCAAAUCCUAUUUCCACUGAAUAUUCCCUGCCCCUUUAUUGCAAAAGCUCUGAUCUUUUGGGGGCAGCUUUCUUGUGCAAGACCUCCAAAUCCGCUUUAAUAUAGGGGAAGCCUGGAUGUGCUGUGAAUCAGGAAGCAAGGCAACACAGCAUUUCUCCUCUCCCUCCCCAUCUUCCUUUUACCUAUUGCCCUCGUUUGCCUGUCAUAACAAACAAGAAUCCAAGUGUACUGCAGGUCAGGUAGCUGAGGAAACAGGAAACAGAAGCCACAGCUGCCUUGUCUUCAAUUUUAGCGUUGGGUAAAGCUAUGUUUUUCUCAGUAGUGACGCUUUUGAAUUAUGGUGCUGGAGGAGACUCUUGAGAGUCCCAUGGACUGCAAGAAGAUCAAACCUCUCAAAUUUUGGAACAAGACGGAGAUAGACUGAAAUUGCAGAGUUUUGAAAAACUAAAAAACAAAGUGCGAGACUGGCUUCAUUAUUAUCAAAUAAUGGAGGUAUUUAAAUUGGACAGGAAAAUUGGCUUCCAGGUGGAAAGAUCCAAAUUAGAAAUAGAAUUGUUAGAACCCAAGACUAAGAACUUGUCAAGAAUGUAUAACUUGCUGCUGAAAUGGAAUACUCAAGAUGAAGCGGUAAAAUCGGCUAUGAUUAAAUGGGCACAGGACGUUGGUCAUAACAUUAUGUUUGCUGACUGGGAACAGUUAUGGACCACAGGUAUGAAAUUUACGGCAUGUAAUGCCUUAAGAAGAAUAUUAUGAAAAUGAUAUACAGGUGGUACAUAACCCCAGUCAAGCUUGCGAAAAUUUAUCACUUGCCCGAUAACAAAUGUUGGAAAUGUAAAGAAAUUGAAGGUACUUUUUUUCACCUUUGGUGGACGUGCCCAAAGAUUAAGGCUUUCUGGGAAAUGAUAUAUAAUGAAUUAAAAAAGGUAUUUAAGUAUACCUUCCCCAAGAAACCAGAGGCCUUUCUCCUGGGCAUAGUAGGCCAAAUGGUGUUAAAAAGGAUAGAACUUUCUUUAUGUAUGCAACAACAGCAGCAAGAAUACUCAUCGCAAAGUAUUGGAGGACACAAGAACUUCCCACGCUGGAGGAAUGGCAGAUGAAACUUAUGGACUAUAUGGAAUUGGCGGAAAUGACUGGUAGAAUCCGUGACCAAGGAGAAGAGUCGAUGGAGGAAGACUGGAAGAAAUUCAAAGACUAUCUUCAGAAACACUGCAAAAUUAAGGAAUGUUAGAGUGAUGUUGGACUGAAAACAAGUGGUUUCCAGCUGUACAGGUUAAAGUUAAGGAUAGAUUAAGAUUAAAGAUCAAGAUUAAAGAUGUUUAAAGAAAUGGAAAUUUGAUAAUAAAAGGGAAAAAUUUAAAGCUAUAUGACAUUAAGAUCAAGGAUUAGGUUUAAAAAGUUGAAGUUAUAUAUUUUAACGUUUUAUUAAAUUAAAGAUUGGGAUUAAAAAAGUGGAAAAGAAACUGCUGGACAAAUAAUGUGGAUUGGAAUACAAAGAGGGAGGUAUGAGGAAGUCCAGAAAAUAAGUAAUUUAAAAUUGGAAAUGGAAAAGAGAGUUUGUUUUUAAUUGUUAUGUUUUGUGUUUUUAUUGUUAAGUUUUGUAUUGUUUUUUGUGUGUGUUGUUUUUCUUUUUUGUUUGUUUAAAACCUUAAUAAAAAAUUAUUUAAAAAAAAGAAAAAAAAAGAAAAGAAGAUCAAACCUCUCCAUUCAGAAGGAAAUCAGCCCUGAGUGCUCACAGGAAGGACAGAUCGUGAAGCUGAGGCUCCAAUACUUUGGCCACCUCAUGAGAAGAGAAGACUCCCUGGAAAAGACCCUGAUGUUGGGAAAGAUGGAGGGCACAAGGAGAAGGGGACGACCGAGGACGAGGUGGUUGGAUAGUGUUCUCGAAGCUACCAGCAUGAGUCUGACCAAACUGCGGGAGGCAGUGGAAGACAGGUGCCUGGCGUGCUCUGGUCCACGGGGUCACGAAGUGUCAGACACAACUAAACGACUAAACAACAACAACAUCAAAGAGGGUGGGAUUUCUGGAAAUCAGAUUGCAAAACUUUGGCGAUAAUCACACUGACUCUAAUCCUUGCACGUCACCCGUUUAAGAGACCCGGUGGAUCAGGCAGCCAAAGGCCCAUCUGCUCCACUGACCAACCAGACCAGGUGGACAGCUCAGUUGGUUAGAGCAGACUUCCUCAACCUCGGUCCUCCAGAUGUUUCUGGCCUACAACUCCCAUGAUCCCUAGCUAGCAGGACCAGUAGUCAGGGAUGAUUGGAAUUGUAGUCUCAAAACACCUGGUGGGCCGAGGUUGAGGAAACCUGGGUUAGAGCGUGGUGCUGACAAAACCAAGGUUGCAGGUUUGAUCCCCUUAAGGGACAGCUGCAUAUUCCUGCAUUGCAGAGGGGCUUGACUUGAUGAUCCAACUCUUUGAUUCUAAGGGACUUCUAUGGGAAGGCCGCACAAGAAGAAGAAGAAGAAGAGUUUGGAUUUGAUAUCCCGCCUUUCACUCCCUUUAAGGAGUCUCAAAGCGGCUAACAUUCUCCUUUCCCUUCCUCCCCUACAACAAACACUCUGUGAGGUGAGUGGGGCUGAGAGACUUCAAAGAAGUGUGACUGGCCCAAGGUCACCCAGCAGCUGCACGUGGAGGAGCGGAGACGCGAACCCGGUUUCCCAGAUUACGAGACUACCGCUCUUAACCACUACACCACGCUGGCUCUCAAGCAGGACAUGAGGGCAAUCACACUCUUCUACGCAACUGGUGUCCUGAACUCUGCCCAAUAUGGGAAGCCAUCUUCACUAGUAGCCAAUGAAAGCCUUAUCUUCCACAAAUUUGCCUAACCCCCCUUUAUGGUGUUCACCAUUACAACUCAUGGUGCCAAAUCCCAUUGUUCAUUUAAAAACAAACAAAUGCAGUACUUGACUUGGUUUCGUUGUUGUUGGUUUUUAUAUAAGGAAGGAAUGCUUGUUUCCUUAAAAAAAAAAAAAAAAUCCUUCCAUGGAAGAGUAAUGAAAUCCCCUCUAUACAAGACUGGAUCCAAAAGCUAACAGAAUAUGCCGAAUUAGAUGGUCUAUCAGAAAAAAUAAAGAAUAAAUCAAAACAGGAAUUUGUUUCAAAAUGGGAGGUUUUCAAAGAAUAUCUGAAAAAUAAAUAUAGUAGUUUAAAUUCUGUUGCAGCAUUCGAGGAACUUCAGUAAUAGUUGCAAGAUAGAUAUACGAAAUUAGAUAUAUUAAGAAUAAGUUUAAUUAUAAUAAAAGUGUGUAUUGGCAAUAAGUAUCAUGAAAUCGAAAUAUGGAACAGAUGGGAGGUUGGGUCUUUAGUGUUCAGACCAAUAUAUGUCAUAUUGUUUGCUAAGAAAAUUAUGUGUCUAUAGUUAUUCCUGUGUGCAGUGGUGUAGCGUGGGGGGUGCAGGGGGGGCCGGCCGCACUGGGCGCAACAUCUGGGGGGGACGCGCUAAUCUAGUGGAAGAGACUCGAGUGCUAAAAUCCACGGGUUAGGGGGCGCAAAUUACUUGCCUUGCCCCAGGUGCUGACAACCCACGCUACGCCACUGCCUGUGUGUAAUUUGGUAUUUGUGCUUUUUCUUUUUUCUUGUUCUAUCAAUAAAUUUUUUUAAAAAAAAAAUCCCUAGAAAGCACCCCUUUCAGAGGGGUCCAAACUUUUUUCAAAGAGGGCCAGAUUUGAUGAAGUGAACAUGCGUGAGGGCCGACUAAAGGGCCGGCCAAAGUUGAGCUUUUUAUUGGAUUGAAGUUGUUGAGCUUUUUUCCGGAUUUUACCCCAGGAAAUAAACUGCCACAGGGGCCAUCUGGCGGGCCGGAUUAGGCCUCCGAAAUGGACUUUGGACAUGCCUGCUUUCACCAGAGCUUCAGUUUUUGUAGCCUAAAGUAAAAGGAUUUGCAAGGGAAUUGUGCUCAUGUCGAAGAACCAAAAGACCUUGGCUUCAAUAUUCUGAAUAUUUCCCUUCCCACAGAGACCAUUCUGCUGUCCCUGAACUCACCCUGGCUUCCCCACCCAACCUCUGGCUGCCAGCCAAGAACCUUCUUCCAACUCCCGGCCUCUCCCACUGCCAGGACAUUUUUUGGCGCCAUCAUCGAUGGCAUAAUGUUGGCUUGGAUAACCUCUUCCCUUCCUUCUGUCACUUAAAUCAAGACACCCAACUGGCACGCCUUACCCCACAUGACGCACGUGCUCCACUGUGGGCCCGAUCCACUGGGAAGCUCACUCGGGCAAGCAAAUAGGAUUUCCUUGCCCAGCUUCUCUGGACUGCGGAUGGGGCUGCACAAACCUCAGACAUUUGAAGCAUAUGCCGAAAGAAUCCCGGAAACUGUAGUUUAAGGGUGCUGGGAACAGAAGCUCUGUGAAGGGUGAACUACAGCUCCCAGAAUUAUUGGGUGGAAGCCACGUGCCUUAAAUAUACGGCGUGGAUGUGACCAAAAUCAGUGUGAAGGGUCAGUGCAUGGGGUACUUUAAAUACCGUAUUUUUUGCUCUAUAAGACUCACUUUUUCUCUCCUAAAAAGUAAGGGGAAAUGUGUGUGCAUCUUAUGGAGUGAAUGCAGGCUGCUCAGCUAUCCCAGAAGCCAGAACAGCUUUCGCUGCGCAGCGAUCCCUCUUGUUGUUCUGGUUCUGAGAUUCAGAAUAUUUUUUUUUCUUGUUUUCCUCCUCCAAAAACUAGGUGCAUCUUGUGGUCUGGUGCGUCUUAUAGAGCGAAAAAUACGGUAUACGGUGUGUACACAGCCGAGGUUUGUGCAGAACAUCCUCACAUCUGCAGCUAUUAACCCUGGGAGACCUAGAUUCUACCUCCACGGUUGGAGGCAAUAAGUCCCUGAAUGCCAGCUGCUGGGGACUGCAGGGAGAUGGGGGGUGGGGUGGCAGCUGGCCCACCCCAAAUCAAGUCAAUAAAUAAAAAUACUUAACUACCAGUAGAAAUAAUCAGAAUAUUUGAAACUGAAAUGUGCUAUGCUUAUAGAGUGUGCACAGAAAAACUGCAUUGGGGGAAAAGGAGGGAUUUGAGAAGGAAUGGCUGAAAAGGUUUUUCAGCAAAUUGUGCACUUGGGGAAGGGAGCAAGCAAAAUCAUUGCACCCCCCCCCCAUUUAUUGCAACCAUUUGAAGAGGCUAACCUGGAACACUUAAUUUGAGCAGAAAUGUGUAAAGUCCAUUUUGGGGGCCCAAUCUGGCCCGGCGGUCGAUUUAAUCUGGCCCCCGUGGCUCAACAACUUUGGUUGGCCCUCAUGCAUGUUCACUUCAUCAAAUCUGGCCCUCUUUGAAAAAAGUUUGGGCCCCCCUGCAGUAGAGGAGAGCACCCAGAUUUCACAAGCCAAAAAAGGCCAUUCCAAACAUAUUCUGGUUUUGGGCUUUGCUCUUGCAAAGUCAGCAACCCAGUUCAGCCCAGAAAAAAAUGGUUGGCUAGCUCUGUUAUUAAGGAUCAGAGCAAUGUACUCCGAUCUCCAAGCUUGUGCCAAAUCCCUGGCAGCUGGAACAAUCAUAGUUUUUGAACUGUCCUUACGGCCAGCCUCACCUAGAGCUCACUGCUCUUUGUAGUUAGUCUUAACCUUGACUUCUCAUACAGCAGGUUUCCUCUCCUAUCCUUUUACCUGCCGCAGGACCAGUUCCUGUGCAGGACUGCAUAUAGAGGUCAUAAUGGCACUGAAAAUCCACACAGACAUCUCCAUGAGCAAGGACAAGUGUCAUCCCAUUCCUCUUCUGUUCUGGAAGUUUCCAGAAAAAUACAUUUAGGGGUCUGAGUGUAGGGCCAUAGCAAACCCCCCAAAGGCCUUUCAUAGAAAGGAGAGGUCCGUCAGGAGAACAAAGCUGGCAUUGAUGGAACAGGCUCAGAUGUUUAUUAUUCAAGGUUGUAAAGAGAUAAGCAAACUCAGGAAUGCACAUGGCCGUGGUGUAGUGAGGCCAUGGCAGGAAGGAGGGGGGCAAGACCUUACAUGGUAAUAGGAACUUACUAUAACUUUCGAUUUCCCAGAAAUCAGGUGGUUUACAAUAAAUCAGGUGGUAUUGUAUUCUGCUAAUGUAUAAAAAGCUGGCUUGCUUAGAAUUUGGGGCCAGACUCCGAGCAUGAGCUGGUCUGUGCCUUUGUGUCCAAGCAAUUGCUUAACAAAAUAAAAAAAUCUUUUUUCCUGCUGUCGUUUGACUCUUGCAGCGUCCUUGAUGCUCCUAGGUAGGUCCUUCAUGAGGGGCAGGCAGAGGGCAGGACCGCUCUGGGAGGGAAGAAAAAGGGAUGAUGGACUAUAUGGAACUGGCAGAAAUGACUGGCAGAAUCCGAGACCAGGGAGAAGAGUCGGUGGAAGAAGAUUGGAAGAAAUUCAAAGAUUAUCUACAGAAAUAUUGUAAAAUUAAUGAAUGUUAGAAUAAUGUUGGAUAGUAAUUAAGUGGUUUCCAGCUGUAAUGCUUUAAGGGAAUAUGAAAAAAGGGUUAUAAAUAGGUAAAAAUUUAAUAUUAUUACUUUUAAAGGAUUUGCUGAACCAACAGAUUGAAGUGGAAUACAAAAAAGGGAGGUAUGAGGAGGUCUGGAAAAUAAGCCAAAGGAAAAUAAGUAAUGGAAAAUCUGUGUGUUUUUAACUAUUUUUAUUUUGUAUUUUUGUCAUUUUUUUUCAUUUUUAUUGUAAUAUUUUAAAAAAUCUUAAUAAAUAUUUUAUAAAAAAAGAAAAGAAAAAGGGAGUGGAGCAGAACACAAGGGGCCUUGUUUUGUUUUGUGUUUUGUCUUGUAUAAUGCUUUCUGGAAAUUUAUUUAUUGGUGCGUGUUUUCCUUUUUGUAAACCUACCAAAGAAUAAAAUAAAACCAGGGAUUGAAUUUAAUUCUAAAUUAUAUUCCGGAAACGUGGGAGAUUACAAGGGGUAAAAAAAUAAUAAUGGAUGUACCGUGCCAUAUUAGAAGCAAAAAAACUUGUUUUGAUGAAUUGGAAGAGCCGCAAAAAGAUUCCGUUGAACACGUGGAUUGAUGAUAUGGACAGACUAGCUACAUAUGAGCGAAUUGCAUGUUGACGCAAAUUAAAAAUGGAUAAAUAUGAAGAAAUCUGGAAGAAAUAUUUAAGCGAUAAGGCGGACAGUGGUGGGAAGUAGGUGUAGUCAUAGGUAUAUCAGUAUUCAAAUCUGAAUUGUCAAAUUGUGUUUUGUUGUUGUUGUUUAGUCGUUUAGUUGUGUCCGACUCUUUGUGACCCCAUGGACCAGAGCACGCCAGGCACUCCUGUCUUCCACUGCCUCCCGCAGUUUGGUCAAACUCAUGUUGGUAGCUUCGAGAACACUAUCCAACCAUCUCGUCCUCCAUUGUCCCCUUCUCCUUGUGCCCUCUAUCUUUCCCAACAUCAGGGUCUUUUCCAGGGAGUCUUCUCUUCUCAUGAGGUGGCCAAAGUAUUGGAGCCUCAGCUUCACAAUCUGUCCUUCCAGUGAGCACUCAGGGCUGAUUUCCUUCAGAAUGGAUAUGUUCUUCUUGCAGUCCAUGGCACUCUCAAGAGUCUCCUCCAGCACCAUAAUUCAAAAGUAUCAAUUCUUCGGCGAUCAGCCUUCUUUAUGGUCCACCUCUCACUUCCAUACAUCACUACUGGGAAAACCAUAGCUUUAACUAUACGGACCUUUGCUGGCAAGGUGAUGUCUCUGCUUUUUAAGAUGCUGUCUAGGUUAUUGUGUAAUUGUGUUAGUAGUGUUAUUAUGGUUUUUGUUGUAUGUGCCUUGUGCAGUUUUUGUUUGUAUUGAAAAAAUGAUUAAAUAAAUUAAAAAAAACACACACCCAGGGAUAAGGUUUUUUUUCUUUAAGAUGGUGGAGGGUCUGUUUGCUGCACCCCGUUAGUGUUGUAGUGGUGACACUUGCCCUUCUUCUGAUAGAAAAUGCUGUGCAGGGGAGGACCAAGAAGAGAAAUGUCCCUAUUUUCAUCUGAAGAAUGUUGAAGCGUAUGCAACAAGCUAGGAAAAACAGAAUUUGGACGUUCAUUUCAGGGGUGCAGCUGUGUCAAAAUGCCUCACGUUUUCCUUUCCACGUUCUGUGUGGCAGGCUUUGGGUUGUGCAAGACAAAGUUUUGAAAAGUAGCCCAGAACUGAUUGUUUCUCUCUUGGCUGCAGCAUUAGAGAUGGGAUCAUGUCUUGCUGCCUUUACACAUUUUCCGUUCGCUCUCUUUGGGCCUUAAAACAUGAUGAACCCAGAGACCCUUGGGAUACAGAAAGAAGGUUCUGUCUUCACUCUUCAGUCAAGGCAAGAGAGACUCUCGCUGUUCCUGUAGACUCGCCAACUCUUGAACCUCUUCCAAGUUCCACAAGUCCUUUCUAUCUGUGAUGAUCUUUAGUACCUGGAAUGGUGUGACUUGAUAGACCAGGAAUCUUAGGGGAAGCUUUGGCAGUGCGGUUCAAGUCAGGAAGAAGACUAAGUUGUGCCAAUGGAAAUUAUCUCCAAGAGAGUGCAUGUUUAGAAUGGAAGCUGUGUACAGUGGUACCUCUGGUUACGUACUUAAUUCAUUCCGGAGGUCUGUUCUUGUUGUUGUUUAGUCGUUUAGUUGUGUCCGACUCUACGUGACCCCCAUGGACCAGAGCACGCCAGGUACUCCUGUCUUCCACUGCCUCCCGCAGUUUGGUCAAACUCACGUUCGUAGCUUCGAGAACACUGUCCAACCAUCUCGUCCUCUGUCGUCCCCUUCUCCUUGCGCCCUCCAUCUUUCCCAACAUCAGGGUCUUUUCCAGGGAGUCUUCUCUUCUCAUGAGGUGGCCAAAGUACUGGAACCUCAACUUCAGGAUCUGUCCUUCCAGUGAGCACUCAGGGCUGAUUUCCUUGAGAAUGGAUAGGUUAGGUCUGUUCUUAACCUGAAACUGUUCUUAACCUGAAGCACCACUUUAGCUAAUGGGGCCUCCUGCUGCCGCCACACCGCUGCCAGAGCACGAUUUCUGUUCUCAUCCUGAAGCAAAGUUCUUAACCCGAGGUACUAUUUCUGGGUUAGCAGAGUCUGUAACCUGAAGCGUAUGUAAUCUGAAGUGUAUGUAACCCUGUAGUUUGAUCCUACUGUUGACUUUGGGACUUACACCUAAGUAGACAUGCCCAGCAUCAAAGGCUUGCCGUGCAAUCCUAUUCCUGACAUAGGCUGCUUGGUCCCCACUUCCAAAAGUCCACUCAUAUACCAUGAAACAGAGCGGGGGGUUGGGGGGGAAUUGUUUUUUUUGGGGUACAGGGUGGCUGAGAGUUGCCGUCUUUCAGUGUGUCUCUGGCUUGGCAGCAUUCAUAACUGAGAAUGAGAACUAUGCUAUAUUAUGAUGCAGCAGGAACAUGUUUGAUAUUGUGUUGUUGUUGUUUAGUCAUUUAGUCGUGUCCGACUCUUCGGAUUGGCUUCGAAUUGGCUAUGCGGUAAUAAAAAGAUAUAAAAUAAGUAACCGCAGAAAGGAGGGGAGGGAAGUUGAGGGGAAGGUAAAUUAGAUUUGUAAAGAUUUUGUUUUUCUCGUUAAAAAUAUUUGAAAAAGGUGAAAAUUUUAAAAGAAAAAGAAAAAGAAAGCAUUUAAGCCUUGCUAUUGGGCAGCUAUCUUUUCCCCUUUCUAAUAUCAAACAUAUCUUUUAAUAUCAAAGAUAUCUAAUAUCUUUUCCAGGGAGAAGACUCCCUGGAAAAGACCCUGAUGUUGGGAAAGAUGGAGGGCACAAGGAGAAGGGGACGACAGAGGACGAGAUGGUUGGACAGUGUUCUCAAAGCUACAGUGGUGCCCCGCAAGACGAAUGCCUCGCAAGACGAAAAACUCGCUAGACGAAAGGGUUUUGCGUUUUUUGAGUCGUUCCGCAAGACGAAUUUCCCUAUGGGCUUGCUUCACAAGACGAAACGUCUUGCAAGUUCUUGCGAGUUUGUUUCCUUUUUCUUAAAGCCGCUAAGCCGUUAAUAGCCGCUAAGCCGCUAAUAGCCGUGCUUCGCAAGACGAAAAAACCGCAAGACGAAGAGACUGGCGAAAUGGAUUAAUUUCGUCUUGCGAGGCACCACUGUACCAGCAUGAGUUUGACCAAACUGCGGGAGGCAGUGGAAGACAGGAGUGCCUGGCGUGCUCUGGUCCAUGGGCACAUUAUAUCUUUUAAUCACAAUCGGAGUACAUUCUUUUUCUCAGAGAAUUCUGCGUACUGUUGCUUGUUAAAGGUUGCUGGCAGUUGUAGCUCUUGUGAGGGGUAAACUACAACGGCCGAAAUUUUCUCUUUAAUUUAUCCAAGCAUGGUCAUGUCGACCUUGGUCUUGCAGUGAUUGUAGCAUUGCCAGCCUAAGAACAACUUACGAAAUACCCUAGCUCUUUCCCAACUCAUGAAAUGAGGUUGUGUUUUUUGUUUUGCAUAGUGUAGGGUUCAAAUUGUGGGGAGACCAGAGCUCUUGUGUUUUUAACAGCUAUACAGAAGGCAGAAGCCCAACAGGCUUAGCGUUUUCCUGUAUGGAAAUACAGUUACAAUGGUACCUCGGGUUAAGUACUUAAUUCGUUCCGGAGGUCUGUUCUUAAGCUGAAACUGUUCUUAACCUGAAGCACCACUUUAGCUAAUGGGGCCUCCCGCUGCCGUAGCACGAUUUCUGUUCUCAUCCUGAAGCAAAGUUCUUAACCCGAGGUAACAUUUCUGGGUUAGUGGAGUCUGUAACCUGAAGCGUAUGUAACCUGAAGCGUAUGUAACCCAAGGUACCACAGUAUGGGGAAAACGUUGCCUCUCGAUACUCUUUCCAUCAGACAUCUCAAUACUUGUGCCUGAUUUCUAUUUGUGUCCUCUACCUUGAUCCACAGAUCUGCAUAUGACGCAAAUGCAAAUAGUAUGCAAAUUUGUGUCUUCUUCUGCGGAAGGCUCAAUCCAGUGCAGUCCAGUGUUCUGAGCCCAGAAAUCCUGUUGGCAACCCUGCCUUUGGUUUCUGCCUUCUGUGCCCUCUCUGCAGACUUUAGCCUGCUGGCUGCAUCUCUUGCCUGUUCCCAGUUUUGUCUGUUUCCCUCUUUCCCAAUCUUUGCCCUGCUGUUUCAGGAUUCAAGGCUAGCCUUGUCUCUGUCCUAGACCUGAUUUCACCCCAGGACUGAUCUUUGGAAACUUCCCUCUCCAGCUUACAUUCUCCAAACAUCAUUUGCACCCCAGUAAGUCUAAGACUAGGGAUGCGGGUGGCGCUGUGGGUUAAACCACAGAGCCUAGGACUUGCUGAUCAGAAGGUCGGCGGUUCGAAUCCCCGUGACGGGGUGAGCUCCCGUUGCUCGGUCCCUGCUCCUGCCAACCUAGCAGUUCGAAAGCACAUCAAAGUGCAAGUAGAUAAAUAGGUACCGCUCUGGCGGGAAGGUAAAUGGCGUUUCCGUGUGCUGCUCUGGUUCGCCAGAAGCGGCUUAGUCAUGCUGGCCACAUGACCCGGAAGCUGUACACCGGCUCCCUCGGCCAAUAAAGCAAGAUGAGGGCUGCAACCCCAGAGUCGGUCAUGACUGGACCUAAUGGUCAGGGUCCCCUUUACCUUUACCUAAGUCUAAGACAGCAGCAGCAGCAGCAGCAGCCCGUCUAUAGGGCCAUGCCUAUAUCUUUAUUUAAGCUAGCUCUAAAUUAAGUGGGCAAAAAGUCUAUUUCCCAGGUAUAUAAUAUUUUGAAGUCCACAGACAAAUAUAGUUAUUUCCCCUCACUUUCCCUUUAUAUUCACCAAAAACUUCCCUUUAUGCUCAAAAUUGCUUUUUAACUGCAGCUGUUUAGAAGACUUCUUCAUGUUUACAAUAUUUUUUAAAAAAUGACUCAUCUGGGUGGUGCUGUUAUUUUGAGCAGAAUUCACGCCCCCAAGGGAGAGAUGAUGACUUGCGUGUAUCUCAAUUAAAUCUGGAACAGAAAUAUUUUGCAAAUGUUGAAUUUAUCCAGAGCAGGGAGGGACCCAAACAAAAUUAUUUUAGCCGGGGCUUAUUUUCAGCCAGAACUUCCGCCACCUCUCCGGUGGGCACCAUUGCCAUUUAUGAAAGAACAAGGGAGGCGUUCGUGGUGAGUUGUGUCUUCUUCAGUCUGGAUGAGAAAGGCCAAAUACAGCUCAAUCAUUCUUGAUGCAUGUGUUUAGAGAUGAAUGGAUUGGGGGUGGGGGGAACAGAUAGAUGGAAGGACAGACAAAUAUGAAUGGGUAAAGUGGGACGCGGGUGGCGCUGUGGUCUAAACCAGAGCCCAGGGCUUGCCGAUUAGAAGGUCGGUGGUUUGAAUCACCGUGACGGGGUGAGCUCCCGUUGCUCGGUCCCUGCUCCUGCCAACCUAGCAGUUCAAAAGCAUGUCAAAGUGCAAGUAGAUAAAUAGGUACCACUCCAGUGGGAAGGUAAACUGCGUUUCCGUGCGCUGCUCUGGUUCGCCAGAAGCGGCUUAGUCAUGCUGGCCACAUGACCUGAACGCUGUACGCCGGCUCCCUCGGCCAAUAAAGUGAGAUGAGCGCCGCAACCCCAGAGUCGGUCACAACUGGACCUAAUGGUCAGGGGUCCCUUUACCUACCAGUCCAUCAUAGUUGAGAAGGCUGACCAGGUGACCUGCAUGACUGCUGAGUGUGCUAUCAAGAUGCUAUCACAGGAAUAAAAAGGUAAAGGUAAAGGGACCCCUGACCAUUAGGUCCAGUCGUGGACGACUCUGGGGUUGCAGCGCUCAUCUCACUUUAUUGGCCGAGGGAGCUGGCGUACAGCUUCCAGGUCAUGUGGCCAGCAUGACUAAGCCGCUUCUGGCGAACCAGAGCAGCGCAUGGAAAUGCCGUUUACCUUCCCACCGGAGUGGUACCUAUUUAUCUAAUUGCAUUUUGACGUGCUUUCAAACUGCUAGGUUGGCAGGAGCCAGGGACCAAGCAAUGGGAGAUCACCGCAUCACAGGGAUUCGAACCGCCGACAUUCUGAUCAGCAAGUCCUAGGCUUUGUGGUUUAACCCACAGCACCACCCACGUCCCUUACAUAAAAUAACAUGCCCAUAUAUAAAUAUAAGUAUAAAGUUGAUAGGUCAUUUUAGGAUUGAUCAAGGGGAAAUCUAGAAGGUUCAAGAUUAUGGGGGCAUGGAAUCAUGAGUCCAACAGCAUCUCGUAGCUAAAAGCAGACAGGAACUUACAAGAGAAGCAAAGCAAGGCACACCAAGCAUGCUCUGGCAAUAGGUCUAAAUAGAAAGCUGAUGAAUGCAAGGGUUUGGGUAAGGGCAGCAUGUGACAAAUGUCCAAAUGAAGAACCAAAUUUGCUGAUCGAGCUGGAAGAACAAGAUGAGGAACUAGGUGAGAGAUUAUCACCAAGGCAAGGAGCAGGCAAAACUCUGGAGAGCUAUUCAGAAAGAGGCACCCCAAAUUGGAUGGAGAUAGAGAAAAGUGAUGAAAAAUGCUAUGGUCCAAUAGAUGCAAGCAGCAGAGAGAUGGGUAAAAUCUGGAAUGGCGGGACUAAAUAACGAAGAGCAGGAAAGAAGCAAGGCACGCAAGAAAUCUUGGUAUGUGUUGUUUGUCUUCUGUUGCUUCUUAUUCAUUCUUUAUUCCGACAAAGUUAUUAAAGCACAAUCAGUCUUUGAAAUAAUUUGAACUUGUCUGAUCUAUCACAGCUUGGGUCAGAAGGUGAGGAGACUUCAGCGAACUUACUACCCAGAUUUGCUGGGUAGUAAGAUGGGACGUGGGUAGUGCUGUGGUCUAAACUACUGAGCCUAGGGCUUGCUGAUCAGAAGGUCAGUGGUUCGAAUCCCCGCGACGGGGUGAGCUCCCGUUGCUCGGUCCCAGCUCCUGCCAACCUAGCAGUUCGAAAGCACAUCAAAGUGCAAGUAGAUAAAUAGGUACCACUCUGGCGGGAAGGUAAACGGCGUUUCCGUGCGCUGCUCUGAUUCGCCAGAAGCGGCUUAGUCAUGCUGCCACAUGACCCGGAAGCUGUACGCCGGCUCCCUCGGCCAAUAAAGUGAGAUGAGUGCCGUAACCCCAGAGUCGGUCACGACUGGACCUAAUGGUCAGGGGUCCCUUUACCUUUUAAGAUCCCUAUGGGUGGUAUUGGGUCCCAUUAUAAAAUACCUCGUAAAAUAAAAGUCCCAUCCAACAUUGUUGAUGGAUGACUUUGAAACCUCCCGCCUGGCUCUCUCCCUUUUUAGGAUUCUUAAUCUCAAAACUGGAUUUCAACUGGGCAGCCGGGCAAGCAGAGAAGCAGAAGGCCGCCUUCCGUAAAGUUCAGCACAUGCAGGCCACCCUGAUAAAACUCUUACAGUAUCUGUGGCUUAGAUGGUUUUCUCAGGAGGGUGGCAGAGAUUCUCAUUCCUAAUACAUGCUCUGUACAAGCUGUUUAGCACCGGUUUCAUUCAGAGGUUUCCGUCUCUGCAGAGACUCGUGUAAAUACUAAACACCUAGGAUGAAACCUUCCCCGCUGUGAACAGAAUGAAUCUUCAGUUAUCUCAAGCUGGGUUUGAUCAUCAACAUUUUUUAACAUUAAUUUGCAGAAUGGCCCCAUCAAUUGCUCCUAUAUGCAUAAUCCAACAUGCCGCUCUUGUACAUGCUGUUCUAAGAACAUUUGCACGGCGUGUUUUGAUUUCAUUAGAAAUGAAGUUAAUUAAAGUUAAUGAUGUUGAGUGGCAUGUGGAAAAUCUAUGUAGAGUGAAUCUAGAUGCUUGAAUGGGAUGCGCGAAAUCUCUAAAGUUGUGUUUUAUUUUGUUUGGGCUUGAUCUGUGGGCCACACUUAAUGUGUUUCGGGUGAUGUCUCUGGUGCUCACCUUUUACACUCCAGUCCUAAGCAUAUUUAAUUCCAGCGGGUGCAGAAUGCUGCAGCAAGACUCCUUACGGGGUCCUCGCUGCGAGAUCACAUUCACCCGGUGCUAUACCAGCUGCACUGGCUCCUGGUGGAGUACAGGAUCAAGUUUAAGGUGCUGGUUUUGACCUUUAAAGCCUUAUACGGCCUAGGACCCUCGUACCUACGGGACCGCCUCUCCUGGUUUGUCCCAGGUCUUCAAACAAAAACAUCUUGAAGGUCCCAGGCCACAGAGAGGUUAGGCUGGCCUCAACUAGAGCCAGGGCUUUUUCGGCUGUGGCUCCGAUCUGGUGGAACACUCUGUCACAAGAGACUAGGGCCCUGCGGGACUCUGACAUCUUUCCGCAGGGCCUGCAAGACAGAGCUGUUCCACCAGGCCUUUGGCUGAGGCACAGCCUGACUCCCUCCUUUGGCAAUCUUCACAGAACUCUAGCCCAAUGGUUGCCAUCAAUUAGAUUUGAAUUAAUUUUAGAAUGAAAUGAUUUUAGAAUGUUGUAUUAUUUUAUUGUUGUUAGCCGCCCUGAGCCUGGCUUCGGCUGGGGAGGGUGGGAUAUAAAUAAAAUGUAUUAUUAUUAUUAUUAUUAUUAACAAUCCCUUUUCUUUGAAUGCAGUAUACUUCCAAAUAGGCGUGCUUGAGAAACAAUUUAUUGACUAAAAGGGGAGGUGGUAGUACCUGCCUAUGUUUGCAUGCAGGUGUUGAACAGAGCUGUCCUUUACCUCUACAGGUAAAGUGGGAGACUGUCAGAGGCUGAUACUCACAAUAUACAGUGGUACCUUGAGUUACAAACUUAAUUCGUUCCGGAGGUCCGUUCUUAACUCAAAACCGUUCUUAGCUUGAGGCACGCUUUUGCUAAUGGGGCCUCCCGCUGCUGCCAGCACACAAUUUCCAUUCUCAUCCUGGGGCAAAGUAGCCAGUGUGGUGUAGUGGUUAAGAGCGGUAGUCUCGUAAUCUGGGGAACCGGGUUCGCUUCCCUGGUCCUCCACCUGCAGCUGCUGGGUGACCUUGGGCUAGUCACACUUCUCUGAAGUCUCUCAGCCCCACUCACCUCACAGAGUGUUUGUUGUGGGGGAGGAAAGGAAAGGAGAAUGUUAGCCGCUUUGAGACUCCUUUGGGUAGUGAUAAAGCGGGAUAUCAAAUCCAAAUUCUUCUUCUUCUUCUUCUUCCCGAGGUACUACUUCCAGGUUAGUGGAGUUUGUAACCCGAGGUGUUUGUAACCUGAGGUACCACCGUAUUACACUUACAGUCAAAUCCCAGUCAUGACCUAUUUCCUCCCCAAUUACGCCUUUUUAAUGGGGCUACAUUGAGUUUUCCAGAACAAUUCUGUCGCACAAACCAUUCAUACCAAGCUUCCAGGGAGACUCCAAUUCUUAAUUUGAUGAUGAUUGAUAGUGAUGUGUUUUCACAUGCUGUUGCUUUCUGACAUUCCAGUUACCAGUAUGUUUUCCAUCCUGCAGUCAUGCUAUUUUCUUUUCUUCCUCUCUGAUUUCCGUUUUAGACUUCAUUAGCAAAGUGCCCAGCCAGAGCUGCUGACUCAAAACUUUGGACGGACAAUAAGGAGCUUCUCAGCCGUUCUGAAAGGUAGGAAGGUCUUGCCCUUUCCAUAUUGCCAUUUUUACUGAAUUACAUUUAUUUUUUGAAACGUUUUUACUUUUCCAGAGGAGAUAACAUAUAAGAAAAGAAAGAGGUGAUUAAUUUGAUCAUUCUAGGCCAGGGGUCAGCAACCUUUUUCAGCCGUGGGCCGGUCCACCAUCCCUCAGACCAUGUGGUGGGCAGGGCUAUAUUUUGGAGGGGGGGAAUCAACAAAUUCCUAUGCCCCACAAAUAACCCAGAGAUGCAUUUUAAAUAAAAGGACACAUUCUAAUCAUGUAAAAACACGCUGAUUCCCGGACCGUCCGUGGGCCGGAUUGAGAAGACGAAUGGGCCGCAUCCGGCUCCUGGGCUUAGGUUGCCUACCCUUGUUCUAGGCAGUAAGGCAAGGAAUUUUAGGGAGGUACAGGGCCUUUCCCCAACCAACCCCAAAUCUCCAUAUCCCACAAUUCAAUUUGAAUUGUCUUCCCUGACCUGGGCAAAGCACCAGUUAUUUAUGAUCUUGUUGGAGGACACAUCUUGCACAACCAUAGUUCUCCAACUAGCCCAUUCCGACACUGGCCAUUUGCACUGAUUUGGGUCACAUCCACACAAUACAUUUAAACCACUUGGCUUCGCCCAAAGAUUCAUGGGAAUUGUAGUUUACCCCUCACAGAGCUACAAUGCCCAGCACCCUUAGUAAACUACAGUUCCCAUAAUACUUUGAGGGAACCCAAAGUGCUUUAAAUGUGUGGUGUGGGUGAAACUAAAACACCCAAAAGUCUCGGUUUGGAAAGCAACAUUUUGAUGGGUAAAAUAGCUUAUGAAUUGCUGGGUCUUUGAUCGGGACCGAUGGCAGAUCGAUGCUGGCAGGUUGCUAUAAAAGGCCAUUGCUAUGCGCAUUCAAGGGGAAAUUAAUUAUUUUGAUGAGCGCUAGUUUUUCCCUCUUGUUUUCCCCACCCUUUUUUCACUCCCCUUCCUUUCAGCAAAUAG